AUGGAAAAUUAUACAACAAUAAUGCAAAGGAUUGGUUAUUUCAAUGAAACGAUGCAAAUUAAAGUUCAUACUAAUGAAGAAAUUUUAAAUGAAUUAACUAGUUUACAUGAGAAAUACCCGCAUAUAACAUAUUUAUAUGAAAUUGGUAAAUCAUUGCAAGGUAGACCAUUAAUUGUAUUAGCAAUUGGAAAAAAUCCAAUGAAACAUUUGCCCGGAAUACCAGAAUUUAAAUAUGUUGCUAAUAUUCAUGGUAAUGAGAUAUCAGGUAGAGAAUUAUUACUCUGUUUGGCAAAUAUUUUAGUCAUAAAUUAUGGAAAAAAUGAAGUGCUAACAAGACUUGUGAAUAGGACACGAAUUCAUCUUUUACCGACAAUGAAUCCGGAUGGAUUUUCCGUAGCUAUUCCUGGAAAAUAUGGUUGGCUUCAGGGUCGAACAAAUGCUGCUAAUGUGGACUUAAAUCGUGAUUUUCCACAACGGCUAAAUCCAGCAAUGAUCCGUAAUGUUCAACCGGAAACUAGUGCUGUUAUGCGAUGGACAAGAUCAAUACCAUUCGUCCUGUCAGCAAAUUUGCAUGAUGGUUCAUUGGUGGUUAAUUUUCCCUAUGAUGAUGGUAAAAUUGAGGGUAUCGAAGCAAAAACCGGUGAUCAUAAACUCUUCGUGGUACUUUCAUACUUAUAUGCUAGAGCACAUCACUAUAUGUGGAAGAAGGGACCAAGAUGUAUAAAUCAACAUGAUGAUGAUAGCCUCGAUGAAGGAAUUACAAAUGGUAAUAAAUGGUAUCGUGUUUCAGGUGGAAUGCAAGAUUGGAAUUAUGUAUUUGCGAAUUGUUUCGAAUUAACAAUUGAAAUGAAUUGUGUGAAGUAUUCAAGUGAUGAACAAUUGAAGCAAAUAUGGAAUGAACAUAAAUUUGCACUAAUUUCUUUUAUUGAAAAGAUUCAUAAUACUAUUUCGGGUUUUGUAUUGGAUGAAAUAAAUGGUAUCGGAAUACCAGGUGUUCAAAUUUCGAUUGACAAUAUCGGUAAAACUGUAUUAAGUAGUACUGAUGGUGAUUUUUGGCGUUUAGUAAUACCUGGUACCUAUAAUGUUACCUUUGAACAUUUCCGGUAUGAACCAGUUAUACGGUUUGUUACUGUAAGCAAGAAAAAACCAUAUGAAUUUCUUAAUGUAACAAUGUCUCGUAGAAAAUUUAUUGGAAAUUUCACCGAAGUUUACAUAGUUAAUUCACAAAUUGCUAAUGCUUCUGGUACCUUUGUGAUUUUUAUGAUUUUGAUAAUUUUUCAUUUCUUUCCAAUUUUGAUCUCAUGA